AUAUGCGCAUACGUCGCGGCCCGCCGAUCAGCUGUAUAAAAUAAAAUUAAUAUGUACAUAAGUCGGCUGGUUGAAUUCGCCAAGCGACACAGUUAAUUGUUGCAAACAUUAUAGGCAAACGAGCGAACGAGCGCGCUUCUCCGCCACGUUAGCCGCCCGAUUUAUUUUCCUUUCCAUUAGUUCUUGCAUUUGGAACGUGCUGGUCGCCGCAGUUUGAUCGAGCAUCCGCCCAAUCGGUAGGUGAACGAGUACAGUGUUUCGUCCGCGGUGUCCACCGGGCCACACACGCCCCAAAAUAAACCGUCUGCAGUCGUCGCCAUCUCCGAUCAUACUAACAAAAAUUUUGCGACAUGAAGCUGCGCGAAUAAAGUCGAUACAAUCGAUAAAAGCACUCUGCCAGAAAAUCCAAUCAAAAAACAAUUAAUGGAACUCAGUGAUAAUAUUUACAAUACAAAAACAUAAGAAAAAAACAAAAACACGUUAAAAAAUCAACAACUUCACUAAGCUAACUGUGAACUUAAUAACAACUACAUAAAUAUACACAAACAUACGCGCCAUACAUAUAUAAAUCAGUACAAACAAAAGCAAAACAGUAGACAACAGCAUGUCCGAGCUACAAGUGAUCACCACAAAUUACACAACCACUUCCAAAGACACACUGGAGCUGUUCGAGCUGCCACAGAAUUAUUCCGUACUCAUUAAUAAGUUGGAGCGUCUGGCGCUGGGCCUGGACUCUGCCUUGGGUAAUCUCUCGUUGGAUCGCAAAGAAAUCGAAGUGGCUGUGAGUGGCUCAAAUGAGUUUCUGGACCCGUACAGUGGUCCAACGGCGACAGCUGGACAUCCACAGCCGCCACACCGCAACAGUUUCAACCAUCAUGAGAGCGAAAUACCGUUUGUGGUCAGUGACAUCUGGAUCGGUGUCAUACUUACGCUGCUCAUAGUAUCGGUGAUAUUCUUCAUUUGUUCCUGCUUUUUAUACCACAAAUUCCAACAGUGGAAGAAUUCAUAUCGCACAAAUCCCGAACCCGUGGAGAUAUGUCGUCACUUCCCACCAGAUUACGAGGUGGAAUCUCUUCCAUCGUAUACAAUUGUCUCAGGGCUGCCAACUUACGAUGACGCUUUGGAAGAGUUCCGUAAAGCUGGCAUAAUUCUAACUCCCCCCAUGCCAGUGGUUAAGAUAUUUGAGAAAGAUCCCGCAGCCGCUGGCAGCACAGGCAAGGAAAAUCAAAUCUUCAACAUGGAAAACGGCAUAAGCAACGACAACGACAACAUCUCCGUCACUUCGACUUGCACCUGUGGCGCAGCGAACAAUGCCAAUUCUAAUAAUCCAAAUUCGAUAUACACCGUGCCCUCGCCCUUGGCACCACAAGUCAUAGAACUGUCGCCGGAACAAUUGGCCGCAUUGUCGCAGAAACGUCUCUCGUUACAAAUCACAUUCAACAAUACGGCGCGUCGCAAUUCACGGCCUCGUGGUAUCGAUCUCUAUCGCCAGGUGAACCGCAACAAUUUGCUACGCUCACAAGCUGUUGCCGCCGCCGCUGCCGCCCGCGAUGGAUUCCCACAAAUUCACCGCUCCUCGUCGACGCUGACCCUAUCCAAUGAGCCGAAUAUGCUGGACCGUCAUCUGAUGCAACACCUGCAGCACCGAGGUUCUCUUUAUUAAGCCGCUGGGGUGGACUGCAAAGAAAACACCGUUAUUAACUAUACUUAUACGAAUAUAAAUCAUUGUUGAACUGUUGAAUCAACUUACUUGUGUCCAUACACAUACUCGUACAUACAUAUGUACGUGAAAUGUGAAAAAUUCUCUUACGAUUAGUAUUUUAAAUGUAGGUAUGUACUAUAAUUAGUUUAAAGCAAUUGUAAAAACAUACGCACAUAAUUAUUUAGAUGUAAAAAUGUAAAAAAGAUCAACAUCAAUUAAUAAAAAGAAUAUCAUAUAUAGUUGUAAGCAUA